GCGAAGCCGAAGCAGUCUGUUGAAGCAGGGGAAACGCUGAGGACACGCGGAUUAAAAGACAGUUUAAAGAAAUGUUUGGAUCAAAAGCAUGACGGGGCGUUUCUACCAAAGUAAUUUUACUUUCAAGUUAGUUUGAUGAAAUACGUUUCAACUGACGAACGAUGCAAGGACUCAAUUACGAUAAUGUGCAGGUAAAAGAACUCUCCAGGAACAAAAUGAAUAUCUCCGAUAGAAAUGUGAAAUUACAUGGAGUAGUAACUCGGAUGACUAACGUUAUAGGAUAAACAUUUUGGAAUAUUUAAGGAAAAUACCCCAAGAUAUCAAACAAUAUGGAUUUCUUAAAUUCAUCCAGUGGGAUCGGCGCUUCACCUGUAAUAAAUCUAAAUUCCUCGUCUGCGGAAGGUCAAUAUUCUCUGGCAACCGUCGCAGGACUAGCAGCACUUGUGAGCUUUCUCAUUGUGUUUACCAUUGUGGGAAACGUUUUGGUUGUCAUUGCGGUGCUAACAAGCAGAGCCCUAAAACCACCGCAAAAUCUGUUUUUAGUUUCUUUAGCAAGUGCAGACAUUCUGGUGGCCACCCUGGUAAUGCCGUUUUCCCUAGCAAACGAGCUCAUGGGUUAUUGGUUUUUCGGGAAAGUUUGGUGUGAUAUAUAUUUGGCAUUAGAUGUUUUGUUUUGCACAUCGUCCAUUGUACAUCUGUGCGCUAUCAGUUUAGAUAGAUAUUGGUCUGUUACACAAGCGGUUGAAUACAACCUAAAAAGGACCCCAAAACGAGUCAAAUGUAUGAUAGUUGUAGUUUGGCUAAUCGCUGCUGUGAUAUCAUUCCCUCCAUUAAUAUCGAUGGACAGAAACAACGACGACGCUCUGAAUCCCAGGUGUGAACUGAAUGAUGAUACCUGGUACAUCCUCUCCUCGAGCAUAGGCUCGUUCUUUGCCCCUUGUGUUAUUAUGAUAUUGGUGUACAUAAGAAUUUAUCAAGUGGCCAAAACCAGAACGAGGACCAUGUCCGGGAAAAAACAAGGGACCGACGGCUCGUCUCCCGCCGAGAACGGACUGGGAAAGACCAACUCAUGUAAAGUGAACGGUGAGAAGGAGAACGGGCACUGUCCGUCCUUGCCGAAGGAACAGAGACAGGGAGACGAGGACGAGAUAGACCUGGAGGACAGCAGCUCAUCCGACGGCAAAGGCAAGAAAUCCAGGGACGUGAGCUCCAGAAGGGACAGGAGAACGAGCCGAAAGAACAGUUCCCUCUCCAAACAUUCUAGUCGGCUGUCCAGAGCCAGCAACAAAUCAAUCGACCUCUUCUCCUCCAGGCGCAAGAGAAGAAAUACGGUGUCACGGAAGAAAAUCUCUCAGGCACGAGAGAAGCGGUUUACCUUCGUGUUGGCAGUGGUCAUGGGGGUCUUCGUUGUGUGCUGGUUUCCGUUCUUCUUCAGUUACAGCCUGUACAGCGUCUGUAGGGAAAGUUGCGCGGUCCCGGAUCCGCUGUUUAAGUUUUUCUUCUGGAUUGGUUACUGUAACAGCUCACUCAACCCUGUCAUUUACACCAUCUUCAACCAAGACUUUCGAAGGGCUUUCCAAAAGAUUCUCUGCAAAUCAUGGAAAAAAUCUUUUUAAACAGCUUUUCACAGUCAUUGUAACUUGUUACAACUUGCUUGUGCUAUACUGAACAAUAGGAGCGAAAAACAAGCAAAAGAUAAGAAUAAAAAACAAUGCACUGAUGCGCGAAGAAAUUCUACUGAUAAUCUAAACACGACCAGUGUAAGUUUAGAUAUGAAAACUUUCAUUUUAAAGAGUUGUUUUUUUAACUCUUUUGUUGCUAAACGUUGUGACGAAAAUACACUGUUUACUGUUACAGUUACAUAAUGUUGCUGUAAAUCAAUCAACGAAACACGCUUUACACUAUCUGUAUUAAACACGUUUUUCUGAUUAGUUUUGUACGACCAAUGCUAAAUAUCAAGAAGCGUAUUCAUAUUAACCACCUUUGCACAUGUCGCUUUGCUUUCUGUGGUUUAGAAACGCGGUGAUGUGUGAGGCUUAUUUUUUUCUCUGACAUGACGUCUCUGUAGUAUGGUCCACUUGGUGGUGGAUUGUGUCACCUGCCAACAAACAAACAAAAGAUGCAGCGCGACAAAUGUGUCUGAAAUUCUCACUGUUCUUGAGGGACUGGAUAUUUAUUUAUUUUCACUGGACGCCAUCAAAUAAAUAUGAAGACAA